AUGCUUCUUCUACCACCAGAUGAGGAUAUUGCUGUGGUGCAGUGCGAUGGGGUCUUGGCUGUGCAGCAAGAUAUUUUCGACCUUGGCUGGCUCCUAUACACUAUUGGCGUGGGAAAUGCGCAGCAUAAGCAUCUUUUCCGCAUAUUCAGCCGCGACACUGAUGAGAAAAGAGAAAGAAUCGAAGCUUUCGAGACGAGGACCCUUCUCAAUACGAUGCCUGAUAAUCUCCUGGGCCGAAUCCAGGGACCAUUGAGAUAUGGAAUUGGCACAAAACUUCAAGAGAGAGGCGUUCUUGCAGUUGCGGAUUAUAUUACAAUGCUUGCAAUCUUCUGCUACUGGCUCUUCUUCUGA